AUACGUGUCCAUAACGUUUAGGAGGAAAAACGCCACUCGUCUAUUUAAAUGUUUAAUAUAAAGCGCUGUGCCGCUGUCUUUGGCGGUCGCCAUUUUAUUGAAGACCGAAUCUGCCUGUCUGUAUUAGGCCACGCCCCUUAGGGUUUUGGCUGAGCGGGAAUUUUCCAUACAGCGAGAUGCCACGAAACGUAGAAGUAAAAGCAAGAAUUCAUGACUGGGAACGUGUUCUUCAAGUUUGCCAGCAGCUGAGUGGAAGCAAUGGGGAGAAGAUCUUGCAGAGAGAUGUUUUCUUCAACACCACAAAAGGCCGCCUCAAGCUUAGGGACUUUCAGAGGUCAGGGGUCAAUCUCCUUGUAUGCCGUCGUGAUGAUCUCCUGGAAACAGAAUUACCGGAUGGUAAUGGUCAACUGAUAUACUAUGAGCGUCCUGAUCAACUUGGGCCGAAACUGUCCAACUACUCAAUCUCUAAUACAGCUGACCCUCCUGGACUUGAGACUGUGUUGGCUCAAGCUCUCGGAGUCCGUGGUAAAGUUGUAAAGGAACGCUUUCUCUUUAUGGUGGGACAAACCAGGAUUCAUCUCGACAGAGUGAAGGAUUUAGGGGACUUUUUAGAGCUGGAGGUUAUUCUUACAGAAUCCCAGACAGCACAGGAUGGGGAUCUUAUAGCAAAAGAGUUGAUGAAUUCUCUGAAGAUUUCACAGGAUGAUCUCCUCACUGGAGCCUACAUGGACCUUCUGCAGGACAUCAAGAAAAACUGAUCCUCCUUCUGAGACAAUUCUGGCUGUUUCAGCUAGUACAAAUGAUUAGUGUAGAUAACAGCGAAGCAAGGUUACAAAAACCUACCUGCUAGUCGUGCAUAGGAAGUAAUAGUGUAGCAUUUUACUCUAAACCUGCUUUGAAUAGCUGUUUUAAGCAGCCAGUGGUAUACACGAUAAAUAAGUAGUGGAAUCUUAAAGGGGUUUUCAGAGAUUUUGAUACUGAUCACCUGAUCUUUAUCUUUCAAUACAGAUUCCUUGUUUUACCACCCAUUGAAAUGUGUCAUAAAUGUACUAAAGCUAGAGAAAAAUGGAGGCUAAUUGGUUGGUAUGAGUAACUGUGCCACUUUUCCUCUGCACAAGGUGUGAUAAAUAUCUGCACUGAAAAUGCUGGUAACUUCUACUUGUUACAGAUUAUCUCUUCGGCUACUUUGUUUUCCGGUAUUGAGUUCCAUCCUAGGAGCUCAAUACCGGAAAAAAAUGAUCAGUUUUAUCCUUAUGCAUUCUUAAAGGGAGUCUUUCACCUAAUCUGAGCGUUUUAGA